AUGCACGAUGCUUGAUAUUACUAUUCAGUUAAUGAAGAAACACUUAUUAAUACCUGGUCUAAUUUAUCUCAGUAUCAGAAGAUACAAGUUGAGUGAAGCAUAUAAGGACACGAGAGCUUUCCUCAAGCUAACUGACAAUGUCUUCAACCAAAUACUUGAAAGUUCGGAGAGUAAACUGAAAGAUGCUCGAGAUAUAUUAACACGGAUCCAAAAGAGAGAUCUAUACAAAACUGUUGCUGAAAAAUUGCUGCCUCCAAAUUUUGAUGAGUCGAAGAACGAAAAAUUGACUGAGGAAGUAAAGAUGAAAAUAGAAACGAAUUCGAAGUCUGAUGACAAGAAGUUGGAUAUUCUGUUUUCUGAAGUUAGUUACGGCAUCGAAAUCAACGAUUUUUUUGCAAAGCAGCACUUCUAUAAGAAGAAUGAUUCUAACAAUGGCCCAAACACUGUGAAGAUGAAGCGCGAAGAUGUGUCCAACAUGUUGCCUGUUAGGUACAAGGAUUGUAAGGUUUACGUUAUUUGGAAGGACAAUGAGAACAUACCUAAGACUCAGCAUGUUGAUGAAAUCCUAAAAGACAGCAUUAAAAAAAACACAAAACCAUUGGAAUGUCUGUGUGGAGGACAACAAUACUGAAUUACAGAAAAUAUCUUCCUGGAUGAUGAGUAACAUGCUUACUCUCAAUAUUGACAAAACCUACUUUAUGUAGUUUGGGAACAGAACUACAAAUGUUCAAACUUCAUACCCAAAGUAUGCUAAUUAACCAGAAUACUCAUCCAACCAGCACGAGAAUCCAUUCCACCUACGUAAUUGUUUCACCUAACUUCAAGAAUAUCCCACCCACGUACGAGAAUGUUUCACCCACUUAAAACAGUGUUUCACCCACCUACAUGAGUGUCACAUCACUAACAGGAUCUUUCCAGCCACAGGAGAGCUUCAUCAAUCUACAAGAUGAUUAUUGCAUAUAGAUGGACAUCCACCAACAAUAAUAAUUCUUUUAUUCUGAGUGUAUUCCCAGUCAGUGAGAGCAUGAAACCACCGUAUAAGACUUAUAAUGAAGCAUAAUUGCAUCUCAUUUUAAUUAAAUUUCGUUAAUAAAUAACUAGUGUUUUAUCUGUGAAUUAAAGUGAAAUGUCAGUGUCUCUCAGGAAUUCAAGAAAUCCUCUUGGUCAGUACUUCAUCAGACAACCUUUGCCAACAUCUCGUCAAGCAACCUGUCACUAUCUCGUCAGACAACGUCUUCCAGGAUCUCGUCAACAUCGUCUUCCAGGAUCUCGUCAGAUAUCCCCUGCCAGUGCCUCGUUACACAACCUCUUCCAUUAACUCGUCAAAAUCUCUGCCAGUACUACAUCACUAUGGUAAUUUUCUAGCGUGUCUCUUUAACUCUGCUGUAUAUACUUAUUGCAAAAUAAGUGCUUCGCUAUCAGAUGACAGUGAUUCUCUAAACAAUGAUGGUGCCUCACCAUCAAAUAGUGUCAUGCCAACCAAGUAACGAUGGGCCUCACCAUCAAACGUUCAGGAUAGCUAAGUUUUAUGAUGGUGUCUCAUCAUCAAAUAUUAUCAGGCCAAAAACAAUGAUACGCAUCACAGUCAAAUACAUCCUUGAUAACUAGAUAAAUAUUGUCAGCCCAACUUUGCAGAGUUAAGAAAUGUUCUUAAGGUCGUUCUGUUGGCUGGAUUGUGUGGAGCUAUUACUUCUAUGAACAACCUUGUUCGUAGACAAUAAACUGUAACUGGAUUGUCUCAAGUCUAUAAAGUUUUCUGAUUCUGCAACAUUUUGAUAAAAUAUUAGUUGUUUGUAUGAGCUAUGACAACAAAUUAUCUAAAUAAUUCAAAAACGUCAUAAUACUGAAUACAAUCAUAAGAAACCAUAGGGCUCAUUGUACAAAGUUGAUCAUUUUAUAUAAACAUACAUUUAAAAAAUUAUAUAAA